AUGGCAACACAAGCAGCAGCAGCAGUGGCUUCCAAAUCAUCCAUUCCCAAAUUCCGCUAUUUGAGUGCGUGGUUCUGUCCGUUUGCACACCGAGCCACCUUGGCACUCGAACAUCAUCAAGGGCGAGUGGAGUACGAAUGGGUGGAAGCUCUGGGAUGGGAGCGACGAAAUGACGAAAAAAAUGUGACGGGUGCUGGACACGAAUGGUGGUACCAUUGGAAGGCCGAAGAAUUGAAACGAGCUUGUCCUGGAGCCUUGGUACCCACCUUGAUUCCUAUCAUCGAUGGCAAACCUGUAGAAUCCAAGUCGGUGUACGAAUCGAUACCAGUCAUUGACUACAUUGAUGCCGUGAGUGGGGCCACUGGCAAGGAUAAAUUGGUCAGCGACGAUCCAUUCUUGGCGGCCCGAGCCCGUGUGUGGACGGAAAAGUUGAAUCGCGAGUGCUGUUCGACCUAUUAUGGAGUAUUAGUCCGUCAGGAAGAAGACGAACGAAAGGAACACUUUGCCAAUCUUAUCAAGGGAUUGGAAAACUUUUCGAAACAACUACGAGAAACCUCUGGGCCUACAUUUUUGCCAGAUGGACAAUUGGGAAGUGUAGAUUUGACUCUGUUGCCAUGGGCCUACCGGUACUAUGUCUUCAAGGAAUACCGAGGAGAAGACUUUGUCAUCCCGGAAACCAAAGAGUUGGAAGCCUACCAUGAAUGGUUCGACCAUGUUACGAAUUUGGAUAGCCUCAAGCGUACCUUCCCUGACAAAGAUAGAUACUUGGAACACAUUUCCAAGUAUGCGGAUGGAAGUGCCCGAAGUAAGGUUGGGAAUGCUGUUCGAAGAGGAGUGGCGGCGCAUGAAUAUGACGAUGACAAGGACGAAUAUUAA